AUGGCUCUUUCUCAUUUGACAACAGAGCGGGUUUUAGCUCAAAUUGAGCGUGUCAUUCAAUCCAACCAUGAAUUUCGUCUAAACGACAGUGUCAGGGUGAAUUUGGUCCAUGUUGAAAUGCCCAAUGGCGGUACCGGAACAAAACGCAGUGAAAUAAAUUUGGAAAAGCAUUUGAUCAAUAAAAGGGCAAUUGUUCGUAUUCAAAACAAGGAUGAUUUAUGUUUAGCUCGGGCUUUAGUUGUUUCGAUUGCCAAAAUUGAAAACGAUAGCCGAUAUAAAACUAUAAAUGAUUUUCGUUGUUCACUGCAAACACGUUUAGCUCAUGAUUUGCAUGAAAAAGCAGGUGUUCCUAUAGGUUCUUGUGGUAUAGACCACGUCAAACAAUUUCAAACGUAUUUGACCGAUUAUCAAAUCAACAUUGUUUCGAAAGAGCAUCAAAAUUCUGUCAUUUUUUCCGGACCUGAUAAAGAAAAAAGGAUCUAUUUGUUUCUGCAUGACAAUCAUUUCGACGUGAUUACAAGCAUGCCGGCUUUUGUUGCUCGUAAAAAGUAUUGCCAUACUUGUAAAAAGAGAUAUGAUCAUGUAAGAAGUCAUUUAUGCGGAGAUACGUGUAAAUUGUGCCAUUUUCAAAAUUGUCCGAUUGUUUCGUGGAUUUCAUGUAGUGAUUGUAACCGUAUUUUUAAAAGUCAAGAAUGUUUCGAUCGGCACAAACAAAACGUAGGAAAUGCAAAAUCGAUCUGUUUGUCUAUUGCCAAAUGUCCUCAUUGUAAUCUUGUUUUUGAUCGGACUCGACUGAGGCCUGAUUUGCAUCACUGCGGACUGAAACGUUGUUCGACCUGUGAAAAAUACGUGGGCAUCGAGGACCACCAAUGUUACAUGCAACCUGUCAAGGAAAAACCUGCACGUGAGGCUGAUUUAUGUGAUGACGAAGCGGAUGAGGACGUCCACGAAAGCGGAUACAACGAACUACUGUUCUUCGAUUUUGAGUGCAUCCAAGAGAGUGGUACUCACGAACCGAACUUGUGCGUAAUUCAAAACGAGGCUGGUGACGAAUGGUUGUUUCAAGGAGAUAAUACCAGAAAUGAGUUCUGCGAAUGGCUGUUCACGAAAGAACAUGAAGGAUGCAUCGUGGUGGCCCAUAAUUUUCAGGGCUACGAUGGUUAUUUCAUCCAACAAUACCUACACGAGAACGGUGUUAUUCCUGAAGUCAUCAUGCGUGGUGCCAAGAUCCUUACAUUGUAUGUACCUAUGCUCAAGAUUAAAUUCAUCGAUUCCUUGAGUUUCAUACCAAUGAGACUGGCUGAUUUUCCCAAAACCUUUGGGUUGAACGAGCUGGCAAAAGGAUAUUUCCCUCACCUCUUUAACAGGAAGGAAAACCAGAAUUAUGUUGGACCCCUACCACCGAGUCCUUAUUACCAUCCCAAUGGAAUGAAUCCAGCAGAGAAAGAGACGUUUUUGAAAUGGCAUCAGGAAUUGAAGGAGAACAGUUAUGUGUUCAAUUUCCAAGAAGAAAUCCUGAGUUACUGUCGAUCCGAUGUGGAUAUCCUUCGACAUUGUUGCCUUGAAUUUCGCGA